CAUGCUAAAACCAUAGAAUUUCUUAAUAAUAAUUACUGUAUGAAAAUUCAUAGAUUUUUAUACAACAUAUAUGGCUAAAACCAACCGCGCACUUUGACGUGCGAUCACGUGCAGGGCCACCAGGUUGGCUUCAAUUGCGUUGCGGUAUCCCUCCUAACGAUUUCCUUCCUCACGGGCGUUCCCAUGCAUGCAUACCCAGCGCUUCCUCUAGAGGAGGCGCUGGCAUACCACAGCGCAGCAGCGCCAGAUUUCACCCUAUGCCUGCCUCUGCCUGCACUAACCUGCGUACCUGCGUUAGGGUGGCCUACCUGCGUUGCGCUGUUGAUGGUGCGAACCCCAACUACCCGAAGAAAAACAGCGGAAGUCGUUCUUGGUUUCGCUCGUGUUUCGUUUCCGGUGCUCAGGUUAAAUGUCGCGAGGAUGAGCUAUCGACCAAAUCAGGGUUUAUAUCGCACGCUAGACUUUGUUACACCUGUGACACGAGUAUGGGGCAUUUUUUCUGCAAUAGUUUACUGGGGUAUAGGCGCUGACAUCACGUAUCACGGCGACUCCUUGGGGCCGUAUAUACUGGUGUCAGCUGUGUUUAUUACGCUCUUUGAAACAGCAUUUGCUGUGGACCUUUUCCUCGAGGUCUGCAUAAGGGAGGAGAGAGGCUAUUGCCUUCGCCUGUGGAGAGGAAUUCGAUGGGUAGAUCUGUGGCGGAAAAGCAUCCUUUACUUGGCCUUAUCCAUCCUGUGCUUUGCUUACCACAGCAGUUCUUGGUUAGGUGGCUAUGCUGGUGCCACAACAUUAGUUCUGUGUGUCCUUUACCUCAUCCUUACCUACAAGAAUCACCUUGAGGUCAAGGAGGCUCUUUUGGCUGACAAAGAAGCAUCGUAUGACAGGUUUGAUGCACUCGAAGAAGAGGUAGACGAAACACUUCCAGAGCCUGAUGUCGACACUGUUGGUGACCAAGAUCGCAUCUUGGAAGUGUGAGGACCUGACAAGCUGUUGCUUGGGUAUCUAUGUGCCACAUCAAACAGCAGCUUGUGCCACAGUCAGGCAGCAAAAACUGCUCUAGGAAGUGUUCUGCAGUCGGUAAUAGUGAGUCUUUUGGGCACCACCAUGUUGUACAGAGGCACCUUGCCAUAUUCAUUGAGCUAUUGAUCUGAUGUUAUAUGCAGUGUGUCAUCUUUUCGUUAGCGCCUUUACACCUGCGCUAUUUUUUAGGCAUCUAGAUGUUCCAGAGCCAUUUAGAUAUCAUUCUGGCAAACUGAUAUUUCUGGCCAUUUUGGUAUUUUAGUUGUUGUUUUUUCAGUCAUGUGUUGCUCUCGGUUUGUGGUAUUGUGGGCUGCUGGAGGCUUGGCUGUUCUUUGUACUUAAUAUGUUCAAUGUCUUUCCACUUGCUCAUUUUGUUCAGAAAAUGCAAGCAAGGGUUCAUUGAUCUGGUUGCCAUUUUUCGGCCUGCAAUUUGCCAUCCAUUUUAUCCUUGUCUCUCUCAUUUAUAUCAAAAUAUUGCACAGUUUUCUUUUUACAAUCACUUGCAUUAUUACCUUGUAAUGACAUUUAGCAUUGACAACCUGUAGCAUUUUUUUUUUUAAGAUCCAUUAUAAAGUUCUACACUUGCUGCCUUUACUGACGCUUGGUGUAAAAUUUAUGCUAAGGUAUAAUUACUUCACUCAUCAAGUUGCUCUUGUGUGGUAUUAUGGACUAGGCGACCUGUUUUGUCACAUCAUCAUGUUUUGUUAGUUUUGUGGUGCUAUUAAUCGUGGGGCUGCAAACGGGAUACCCAUACAAGGGCUUGAGUUAAAUAACAGCUGCAAGUGACAGAAGUUAAAAUAGCUACUGUGCCAACGCUGAGCUUGAAGAUUGCUGUUUAACACAUGCAGAGAAAAUAGUGUGUUUUAGUUUCAGCAUUUUAAUGCGAGAUUACUUUUCACCUUAAGGAUUAUUUAUUUAGCAUGCAGUGACUUUUCCUUGUGCCAGCCAGUCUGAAAAAAUGCCAUUCUUUACACUAUUCUAUCUCUAUGUUAAUAGCAGCUGGCAAGCACUACCAGUAGACUGAAAUGUGCCUGUGAUGAAAAGUGAACCCAUUUGGUGGUUUAGUGGUAGUCAAACUGUAUAUUCAAAACCAGUUAAGAGGUUCAUGAGCAUUUUUUGUUUACUCUGUGGUGAUAGUUCUCUUUUUCUAGAAAGAUUCAGGCCAACUGGGCACUAUAACUUUACACUCAGUUGAUUUGAAUGAGUUUUCAGAGCACUAAACAUGAAGGAAGGGGGCUGUUAUCCCUGAUGCAGUUUGCUUGCAUUUCUGUGGGUUCUUUUUCAUUUCCGUGGACUUCCCCUGUCAAAUUUCUGUCAGUUCAGCUCCAAGUGGCUCUUGUGUAACAGGUCUUGAAUCUCACAAAGUACAAGUCACUUGCACGUUCAGACAAGCAUUCCAACAUCAAAAUUAUUUUGUGCUACAUGCCUCCGUGCACCUCUUUACGUGCUUGAACAGUACAGAAUAGAAUUGAUAAGGUAAAUGCAUUUGUUUAGUGCUUAGUUACUAAUUUGAAAUGCUCAGUUGUGCAUUUGCUCUUUAUAAUCAUGAUCAACAGCUUUUAAAAUCUGCACUAAUUUUCACAAAUGUGUUGGCCUAGCUCUGCAACUUUCAGAAACAGUGUUCAUUUCACGGAGGAAGGAAACUAAGGAGAGGCCCUACCCCCUCCGCGCGCUAGGAGAAAAGUGUGGUGGAAAUGACGUAGUAGGUUCUCAUUUUUUUGCUGCUUUUUUGGUUUUUUUGUUGUAUGGCCACGCCUUUUGGGCCACAAUGGCGGCGUUGUUAUGGUUUUGAGCGCUCACACGUGUUGCUCUGGUAGGUUUCGGGCCGUGGCAAAGGCGCUGAGUGGGCGCGUUUGCGUUAGUCACCGUGUCUUGUUGCGCUGUGUUACCUGCACCGUGCUCUGCCAGAUGUUGCGCGAGCGCGCGCGACACCAUGCGCAGCGCGGCGUGGUUUCGCGAAAGAAGUAAACAAGAGAGGAGGGUGGCCCAAAAGGCGGAGCAUCGCCAUGAGCAACGCCAAAUUCCGGCUUCACUUUUGCUUCACAAAGAGUGACGUCAGGGCCUCUCCUUAGUUUCCUUCCUCCGUGGUUCAUUUAUACAGUGAUCGUCCACUGUCAGAAAACUGCUUCUAAAGCAGUCUUGCCAUGGCCUUGCCCUUUGACAUGAGACAUUGUGCAACUUUUCAAGCCUGUGCACCCUAGUAGUUUUCAUUAUGGGUUCCUUUGGACAAUCACCAGGGCUACGAAUGUGUGCUGUGGCAUUUAGCAACGCUUAUCAACAUGCUCAGCAAGUAUGAAAUCCAGGUUUUGACAAAAGCUCUGCUGGUUGAGAAUGAUCAUGGCACAUUUGUGUAACCCCUUCAGGCACCGUGUGAAGUUUCGCACGCCAAGAUAGUGCAUCAAAAGGAAACGCACUGAUUAAAGUAAUAUUUAAGCAAUUCACAUACACCUUGAAACACUUCUUAUUGGAUUGUACUGCAAGUUUGAAUAAUAUAUGUGAAGUGUCUUCUUAAAACGAGUUUGAAGGAGGACAGUUGGGUGUUCGCUCUCGAUGUCAGUAUGUUGUUGUGUAGCAAGUCAUUGUUUUCACUAUGUUUUACCUCAGAUAUAUUUUUCAAUCUGCUUGAUAGGUGCUUUUCAAGUACACUAAAUAAGAAACACUUGAUGCUCUUAUAUUUGACGUUUCGGUAGAGAGUUCUCACAUGGAGUCUACACUCUGUGGAUGUGACAGAACUCUGAUAAAAAAAAAAAAUCUUAAUCUAUUCUGCAGCUGUAGGUGUUUCAUGAUUCUGAUGAUGCAACAAAUGUGGUAAAACUGAAUCUUCUCUGGACAGAAUUAACUGGUGCCUGAAGGGGAUAAAAACACUAGAAGUGUAAAAGAACAACAGAACUGUUAAAAUAGGCAAAAGAAAGAACAUUAUUAUGAAGCAUGGUACAAUUUAAUGGCGAUCCUGAGUAGCACAAUGUAGUGCCAGCUCUAAAAAUUUAUGGUAUACAAGAUCUACAAAAAAAUUUUACUUUCGGUGCAGUCUAAGCAAGUAGCUUUGAAGUGGGCAUUGUAAUGUGUGGGCCAUGCACGAAGUGCUGAUCACGGCGCCAAAUUUGUGGCUAUGUGCCCAGGCUAAACAGUACUUCAGUUAUUUUUGUUUAUUUUUUUUCCCUCUCCCUGUUCUUACAUGUUCUAACCUUCUGGCACUAGUAGUGCACUCUUUGCCGUAUGCAGGCCAAGCUAUGUGCUAGUAGAGCCAACUGUAGGUGUUGUCAUUGGGCUUCUAUUGCUUUCAUAGUGUUACAGAGCUCUGGAAAAUAUGUAGAAUGCUUGCCCCCACUCUCCAGAGCUCUGUACCUUUGUUAUUACAACAGAAGUCUAUGUAGCUGGCAAAUCAACAGCUCUAGUUACACACAGUGACAUUUAUACACCAUUAAUUUUGGAUUCACCAUGCCACCUAUACACAGCUCUGUGUAUAAGAGAAAGGAGAUGCCAGGGACACUUUGUACUGGCUGAUUCUGUAUUUUAAUUGUGUGUAUAUUUCACACGUGAGUGUGUGCAUUGAAGCUGGAGGUAAUGGCAACACCCUGAACAUGCUCCUUUUGUCCCGUUCAGGAAUGCGAGCGCUUGUGAACCAGAAUAUGCAGGUGCACAUGAAAGCUGGUGAGAGUUGACCUUUCACCCUUGUUGACAGAGCCGAUGCUCCUUGUUGCGUUUGCAUGUAUAUUUUGAUGUUUCAUAUUACAUUCGCAUAUAUGAUUCAAUUGCGCUAUAAUAAUCACAUCACAUGGUCAUAGUAAUGAAGUCGUGUGAAUUGAGAAAUCAUCGCUACCAUGGUCCUGUUUUGCGUACAGAGUUGCUUAUAUAGUUGACUGCUGCUAAUUCAACUCCAGUUAAUUCAAUCCUAACCGAAGGUUCCGGCAGGUGCGCAUACAUUUCUAUGGGCCCAAACUUUCAUUGUUCCUAUAUUAAAAUAGGCCUUCACCGGAUAAUUUAAACUUAACCAGUCAGCACGCACCCACUUGGCCUCUAUGGGGACCCCAACAGCGACCCCUUUAGUGGCAGCGUCUGUCUCGGCGAAGCUUAGGAGUUGUUUAAUUCGUUGAACACAUCUCCCAAUGAAAACACCUAUUUUUGGCCUACCCUAGGAGGAUUUUCAAGCAAUAACCGUAGCUCACAAUAUCUUAUUAUGGUGUUUACCCAAUUCUAAUGCGCUUUUUUUUUUCUUAGAAAAUUGGUUUAAGAAUUGCUUGGCACGGCUCAGUCGGACACAAAACCGAAACCACUUUCGUGGUGUACAUGUGCUUUACCUCAUAUCACGUAUGUAUUGCGGCAAAGCUGACUCUGGAAAACCUGCCACCAAUGUGCAAUACAUAUUAGCCCAUUACCCAUUUUUCCUGCUAAAAUAUUUGAUGCACGUUGGAUUUCAGAUUUGUUUAGGAGAUUUAAUGUCAUUUCUAUAUCAGUUUUCUACUUCGAACACAGAAAGUGCGCACGCGUUUGAUUCGGGGAUGUGUCAGAAUAGGGCAAAUACUGCUAAAUGAAUCAGUGGUGUGUUUUUGCAUAUUUUUCUGCAUUUUCUUUCAUUCGACCCAUCGGGUAAUUAUUUAUUUCGUAGGUCUCAUCAGGAUCGAAUUAACGGAAGUCAACAAUAGUAAUAUUACAGUAGCCUUUUCUAUGCGAAAUAACUGGCGGUGUUCAUUGUUACCUGCCUUUAGAAAGUAGAUAUGAUGUGAAAAAGAAAAUUUUUGGUUUCUACAUUUUUUCCCUUUUUCUUGUUUAAUAUCGUGAUCUUUCUUUAAGGGGUCCUGAAACACCCCUCAGGCUUGGUGAAAAAUGCAGUCCACGGAUAGCAUACGCUGCUGUGAAAUGUCCGCCAAAUUUUGCGGUCAUGCGUGGCGUGUGGAGCUCGCAGACGAAGUGCAAAGUCAUAUUUCUCAAGUGCUCUCUUUUCAAACGAGGACUUCUUGUCACCCACUUCAAAGCCGCUGGCUGCUUGCAUAUGUUGUCAUCUGCAAGGUUGCCAUAUGAAGCUGCUAGUGCUGACAUUAAUCAAAACUGGUGUUUGAAUGAGUCCGCUUCUUCCUACUGCUAGAUUUAUUGACACAGUUUAAGAAACAUGCUGAAGCAAGUGAAAAUCUGCUUUCAAAUUCCAAGCCGACUAUCGUCUGCUCAGGCCCAGCCAAGAAUUAAACUUAGCCACACUGCUUAUCAGUGUCGUAGCCCUCAGGUCUAAUUUAGAUUUGUUUUUAGCCUUGAACUAGCCUUGCACCACACGAAACUUAAGGUCAGACCGCAUAUACACUAGCCAGCAUUUGCUUACUCCUGCCGCUCCUGGCUUGACGUUUUGACAGACAUCGUUUCAUAUUGAGCUAUUGACAGCGCUUCAAAAGGCGCAAGUUAGAUUUGGCUACUAUCCGUCGGUGAAGCUGGUACAGAACUAAGCCGGUCUGCACGACGUAGCGCGGCCAGACUGGAAGUCAUGAGCGCAAGCGCGCACUCCAGUCCCGUUGUGCCCUAAGAAAACGCUGUGCAUACACACUACAGUUGCAUGUAGCUGCAUCUGCUAUACGUGUAGAUACCGUGGCAAGCACUCUCCUUCAGGACAACCGUGUUUCGCAUGUCGUAGGUGCCAAAAUUGGUAAUUGUGCAUCUGCACAAAAUCAAAUUUGAACUGCAUGCCAUGGUGACGUUCAGUACGCGGAGCGUUAUGAGCACGCCCUGCUCUGCCAUAGCCUUCGCAUUGCAAGGUGUUGAAGAAGGAGCGAGAGCAUCACAAGGGGGAUCAAACGUGAUGUUUGAUUGCCAUUAGCUCCACUUCUGCUAAAUGCAUCGAAGUACUUUUUGCUGCAAAGCAUUUUUGAAAUAGUCUAUCUUAACUUCAAAUGCAUUUCUUGACUUCGAUAAAGAAUGUUUCAGGGCCCCUUUAAGAUCAUAGCAGGGUGGGUACAGAAGACAACAAAAGAUGUAGGUAUGAAGAAACAACAAAAAUACAAUAUUACAAUAACAAUACAAUAUACAAUACAAAUGGCUGCUGAAGUGGCAAUUUACAGCAGAAGGUGGCUCUCGCAAGUGGAUAAAUUAAGGCUGUGAAUCUUGCUUACAAUAACAUACAUUGCUCAGCAUCAGCAAAACCUAGGAUGCUUGCAUGGAAAUGACCGUGCAUACCGCCCUGUUCCAGAAGUCUCCUUUUGUGUUGCCUGUCUUUCUGUGGCCUUUUCUUAGUGGGUAUUGUGGCCCAGAACACUAUAUCCAGUGCUAUCGUUUGUGCCAUUUUUUAUCCUGGGACUGUAUUCUUAACAGGCCAUUUCAGUUCACAUUCUUGUUUUCUUAUCCAUUGUGCCAAGCUCCUGACCCCAGUAAUAAUGGUGGUGCAGCUUUGUCUGAGCCCAUCAUAAAUUGCUAAAAGACACCUGGACUGCAUGCUUUCAUAAAAGCUAACAAGCUCGCGUUACUAUGGCUUGAAAGGUGCCACUUUCUUGCUUGCUUGGAGAUAUUGUACUCUAGCAGUUACGUCAGAAACAAGGGCACAGCUUCUGUUAGGUACGCUUUUUCACGUGCUAUCCUUUUUGCAUGAGUAUAACGAGCUCACUGAAGCAACUAAAUUAUGCGAGAAAGUCGGUGCUGGCCAAAUAGCACACAUAAAAUGGAGUAUUACAGUCAGCUCUACUUCAUAGCCGAGCUUUGUCGGUUUGUGUCUGAUGGGAUACAAGUCUCCUGUUGUGUAGCACCUCUCCAUUUUGGACACUGUCACCACAAAAACAAUUUUCUAUAAACAUAAGCGGAAACAAACUGAAUAUCAAAUACUUUUUAUACAGCUUUCGAAUAAUGAAAAGCCUUUUCACCAUUAGGAUAGAGCAAUGUUCACAUCCUAUCUGUCAUAACACUGCACAUUAUGAAGCAAGUACCCUUUAAUGAAAGCACAAAUGUAGAAUUAAAAACAAAUAAUGAGUUUUUUUGUAUACUCGGGACUGAUAGCAGCAUGCAUGCUCGUGUAAUACCAUUGUGAGGUUUUAGAAGAUAGCCUUGUGAGCCCUUUAGCAUUUGUGUAUGCCUUCAAAACUAAAUCAGAAAUAUGCGUUGACCGCAAAACAAAGAAAGCACAAUUUCUUUAGUUACAAUGUUCAUGAAAGAUACCGUAUUUUUUUGCAUAUAACCAACAACAAAAGUUUGAAAAAAUUAACAGUAAGUCAGUGCAAAUUAUAUGCAAAUUUCACCUUGAGGUGUGACUUCACAGCAGGUCGAGCUGGGCUGAUGUGAAGCCACAGCUUAAGGCAACGUUCUCUGCCACAUAAAGUUUCGUUACCUCCUGUAGGGAACCCCACAUCUAUGUGUUGUAGCUUUCUCUGCCCUCUUUCGUGGUUACCCAUUCUCCUCCUAAUUUCAUACCACCAUUUUGCAUUUUCGCUGGGUUAGCAGUUGGCCAAUAGUACACGCAGCACUGACAAACCAGAAUUCUGAUCAUGCAUGCUGUGCUUGACAGCAGUCCUUUGCAGCGUAGCCGAAGAUUAUCAGUGUAGCUGAAUAGGUGGGGAACAAAGACACUGCCCGAAGAUGCGACGUGGAAGUGUCGUGCAUCCGCGAGACCGUUCUAUAAAGAUUUAAGCUUUGUUGUGCAGUUAAUUCUGUGGGUUACACAUGCAGAUUAUUUUUUUCUUUGUGGUUAUUGUAAUUAAAGGUGCGGGUUAUGUGAGGACAUGGCUUAUACAUAGAAAAAUACAAUAAUGCCACUGUCACGUAAGAUGAUGUUACAAUCCCAUGUAUUCAUAUUUACUUCAACAGGAUAAAAAGUUGGGCGAGUUGGUACGGUAACAUGAUCUUGGAUUGUAGCGUGAAGUGACACGGACAGAGACUAGAAGCAAAUGUUGUCCUGUUUGAUUCUAGUCUCUGUUUGUGUCACUUCGCACUACAAUCCAAGAUCAUGUUAUUCAUAUUUAGUUUGAACACAACGAUGCAGCUGCAAUAAUUAGUACCAAACAGUACCCACAGCUGAAUGCGUCUGAGUUAAAUAUGAAUGCAAAUGAUCACAGCUUACCUGGAAAAGUCUAGUUGCCUGAGUGAUGCAACAUGCCCUACGUAACUCCUCGUUCUUCGUGCAAGAUGAAAUAGAUGGCAUUUUCACUUCAGGUUCUUGUUUGAUUAGGCUGUAUUUGUGAUGUAAGCUAUUCAAAAAAUGUUUGCAUUUUCAAAUGGCGACUGCUAUUCGAUUAGAGGAGUGUGUCAGAAAGGGCACCAUUUUAUUUCUUAUUUGAAAUUUUUGAAUGUUUGCACACCCUUAGAAAGUGAUAUCCCCCCUAUGUCUUCCAUCUUUAAUACAAUCGCCAUGCUGCUUCUCUUGUCCCUGAUUCCGAAAUACAUCACUGUAGUAGUAUUUCAGUGGCAUUUGCAGGUAGCACAUAGGGCUUAUACUUUUUAUAAAGGCUAUACUUGUGGCCUUCUGCAUGUCUUCUCUCUUAUAGCAUCGUGGUAUGCCUUCAGCUAUUCAAGUGCACUAGACACAGGAAGAGAAACAAAUAUUCUUACAAAGCUGAGCCAGAGGUCUUUUUCAUAGUGCUUCUUUGACAUUUGGUAGUACUUAUACUUUACUGCUAUGACAUGUUAGCUCCAAAUCUUCCAUUACUAGUGCAGGGUUUUGUGCAAAAAGUGCUAGGCAUUUCAACAGGCAACAUUCAUGCACAUGAAUUGCGUCAUGCCUUAUAAAUAUGCUCUGCUGGCUCAGGAGCAGGUGCUUUUGCUGAUAAGCGCCAAUUUGCUGGUUCGAAAUGCAGCUGUGGCACCAGCAUUUUGGUAGGAGCAAAAAACACCCAUUUGCAGAGACGUGCACUGUAAAAUUUUACCCCAGGUAACCAAACUUAGACUAUAAACCAUCCAACUGUGACACUUCUUAGCCCAGCUACAGGCUUAGGACAUAAAUAUUAUUAGGUCAUUUUCCUAAUUGCUAGAUCACUUACCCCCUGUAUUCGGAUAUGCAUCUUAACUUGAAGCCCAUGCUUGACUUGAUAUAAACGAUGCCUGGUGCGUUCAUGACAGGUGUCAUUUAAAUCAAGUCAAGCGUGGGCUUCAAAUUAAGAUGCAUUUAUAAUACGGGGGUUAGAAUCUUUAAUGUUUAACUUUUUUUAUAAACACACCGGUGUGUUAAUAUCACAGAGCCUUGGUAACUUAUAUUUUUGAUAGAUUUCAAGGGUCUGCUUUGAGGGCCAGCCCAGACUCUCUAUACCAACCUUGUAACAUCAGCUAACUGUAGCUACCAGAAACCUUGGCGUGCAAGAAGCAUAUGUAUAAUACUUGGCUCUGGGAACAUUUCCAAAUACCAGUGUCUUGUGAAUGAUGGCUGAAAAUUUUUCCUCAGUUUGUAUGUGAAUAUGGCACUCACUGGUUGUGAUUGGUUAUCAGCCACCGUGCCAUGUAGCACAGACUCGUGUUAUAGCUAUAGUUUCCGGUUGAUAUUAUUUAUAAAGUAUAGGGUACAGCUAUCACAAGGGUAAGAACUUAUGUUCACGUGAAGGUAUCUGCAUUAAAGUUAGCGUUUUUGUCUUCACAGAUUGAAACUACUGCAUACUCAUAGGGGCUGAAACAAAGUGUGAGCACAUAUGUAGCAUGCACAGUGCAGCUGUUAGUGGCUCUACAAGGCUAAGCAGAGUUUGUGGCUUUCUUCUCGGGAAGUUUGCUCCUUUUGCCUGCUGAUGUUAUAGGCGUGACUCAUAUGGUGAUAAAAUCUAAAAUACUAUCGUAUAUUGUUAAUGGAGUCCUGCUCAAAGUUGGGGGUGUGGUUGUUACACAAGCUCAGCUAUUUCACAUGUCUGUACAGUUCUUUCAGUGCAGUCACUGAUAUAAUAUGGUGUGUGUGUUAAAUCAGUUCCACUUAUACAUUAUGUAGAGAGAUAUGGAGAGGGGAACAAAAACUCUUCCAACAUUCAGUUGUAUGGCAUGGAAGGUACCCUUGACAUUUCAGAAGCCAAGUGUUAGUUCCUAAAAAUAAUUUGCUGGUAUCUUGCUUUGUAGUUGGUACAGGGUGGGGAUAAGAGCAGUUAACCUUUAUUUACUAGAAAAAGAGAUCCCUCAAGAACUUUCUCCUAACCACAGGCAUCAGGUGCCCUUAGAUUUAGAGCUGCUUCUGCCUAUUCCCUUAUAUAUAGUUUACAGUAGUCUGGCAUUUGUCACCUGUGUUUAAAAACAAGUUUUUGUCAAGCGUAGCAAAUUGCUCUCAUAAUGACAUAAAACUGUGACAGUAAAUUUUUUUUAAUUCAACCUCUGUGGGGCAUGCAGGAUUGUAGCUGUUGUACAGCCUAUCUCACAAAAAUGAAACGCCUGAAUAUUCAAAAGGGGUAUUCUGUAAGUGUCCACUUAGUGAACAUGUUCUUCUCACGUAUGUGUACCCUAGCCUAGCCAAUCAGAACUUCAUUAGCAGGGAAAAUGGACAUGCCCACUUCAUGGACACUUACAGAAUGCCUCCCCAGGUCUCCCCAUAAGAGAGCACUGCACCAUGACUAAGCACUUGUGCCUUUGAUGAUGGCUGAAUGGGACAUAAUUUACUGUGCUCCGUUUCAUACUUGACACAACAUUUUCUAGCUUGAAUUAUGCAUUGCAUGUUAAACCGUACACAUCCCACAAUAAGCUGGUAGAAUGUGGGUGUGUCCAUGCAGUAAAAAAAAAUUAUAUUAAAUUUAUAUCGCAGUUGAAUUGUACAGCAGUCUGGCAACACUGGCAGCUGACAAAAUGAAAUAUGCACAGUCAUAGUGUGUGGUACGUGUGUGUUUUCGUUUUUGCAUGUGCAUGUCAGCCCAGUGGUGGGUGCAUUUCGGCAACACGUGUGUGUGGUUUCAGAAUGUUUUGGAGCAGACAACACAGUGGUGGCGCUGCAGUUCUUUACAUCACACCAGCUAUACCAAGAAUGGCAGCUGCUGUCAGUGAGGAGGAAUAGAGGCAACAAUUCUAGAUCGAAGUUUCAGGUUAAAAUGUGCACUGAAAGCCUCUCCUUUUGUGUGUGUGUGCGUGUACGCACGUGUGUGUGUGUGCAAGCUUGCAUGCCUGUAUUGUCAGUUACAAUGAUAAACUGAGAAUAUUUGAACAACUGCGUCAUGGCCCCUUUAAGUGCAAUAGAGACAAGGCUGGCCAUUAUAGAGGUGAAGUAGACCGAUUUCACAAGUUUCACUAAGCUGCCGCUGACACAAAGCAUGUUGGCAGUAGUAGUAGUAGUUGUAAUCCUUGGCAGGCACUUGUGGUAAGAAACAUGUUUGUACUAUGAACAAACCUGCUUAGCCCUCGAGAUAAAAAGGCAGCGAGGCAUGAAUAAAACAUUCUACAAUAGGAGUGAGGUUGAGGAGAUUCACUCCCUAACUUCCCCUAAAGUUCACUGGAAAAAUCCACGGUGGCAUUUUUCUCAGCAUUUUCUUAAGGUUGCCUUGAGCCCAAGUAUAGUGGGAAAAUGGUGAGGACUACUGUCAUCAUGGUGCCAGCAGGGUCACUGCGCAAGCACUCUCAGCAUGGGGAAAUCAGUGUAUUGCUUGGUCAUCUUUACUUCCAAGAAGUUGCCAAACAAUUGGGACAUUACUGUCACAGCUUUCAUGGCACAUAUGCUUUUUCCCUUUUUUGCCAUCCCAUUCACUUCAUUAGUGCCUCUAGAGGGACCACAGCUUUUUGCAUGUGGUUCACUUUUUCAUGUUUCACUUCUUGCAGUCUUUUGAGCAGACCCAGAUCACUUUCUAUAAACUUAUGAAGUCACUGUCUAUUCAUUAUGAUUGUUGGCACUGGCAUUGAACAUCUGGGUAUACUGGGGAACCUGACGAAUUAUUCAGUCAGCACUAUUUGGGCAGACAGUAAUUAGCAAUUCGUGACUGUCAUUGCCAGUGCAUUAUUUACAAGCGUUAAAAUUAGGUGCUCAUGUGCGUCCUCUGCCUCCUGUAUUAAUUGUUCUAAUGGCAAACCGACUUGCAGAGAUCUCCAGUAGUGAACAGUUGCAUGAUGAAGUUCAUUGUAUUGGUCUCAUUUUUCCUUCAUUACAAUAUGCUGUGAUUGUCAUGUUUAUAGGAAUGCUUUGUGGUGUUGCUAGAAGUUAUGCAUGUUACACAGUGGGUGUGGAGGCUAUCUGGCAUGAAAACAAUUGACAUUGCAAAGUUCUGGAGCAAUGAGGAGUAAACUUUGUUGCUUGUAGGGUGGAGAGAAAGUCUUGGAAUAUAAUUUUUUUCUAUGACUGGCUGACUGAUGAUAACACAACUGAAAGUAUAGAUGGCCUUUUCUUUGUCUUGUUAUGCCUUUGUGUCUUCUUUUGAGAUGCAGCCUAAUACAGCAGCUGGACAUAUUGCUGUAUAAUAGGUGCAGCAUAUUUUACUGCUGAAUACAUUAAGAAUGUUUUCCAUUUUGAUAAGCACUACCUUGAGGUCCUUGACUUAGCAUUGGCACUGUUAUUUUCUUUGAAGCAUACUAUCUUUACAUGUAUAUUUACCAGUGUAUAUGUACAUGUACAGUACAUGCAUACAUACAUCUACAGUGCUCACGGAAUGAAAUAGGACACGGAGCGUUUAGUAGAACCCUACAUAUGUGCAAAGUACGCGAGAGCACCAUGUCAUGUCGCUAGGAAUUUGGUCACCAACGGUGAAGAGGACUCCGAUGUAAGUGUACGCGCCACAAUUACGUCGAUGUGACACGAACUGCAGCCGGUUGAAACGAAAGUAUGUGCAUUACUUAGCCCUAAAUUGACGCGUUUCAUUCCGUGAGCACUGUACAUACAUACAUGUACAUGUAUACAUGUAUAUUUUCCAGUUUGCUAGGCUCCUAGUGUUCUGUGAGCUAGAAAAUGCUGUCAGCUCGUGCUAUAAAAGAGCAUCAGCGCUACUAAAUAUGGAAAUAGGUUAUCACAUGUGAAACUGUUUUGUUUCAGAUUUAGUUUGGAUAGUGAAGCGUAAAAGACAAUAGAAAUAAUUAACAGUCAUGAAAGCGUGAGCCGUAUGACAGACACCUUGAUAAAGAAAAGAUUAAUUUCUUAUGACUGGAGCUACACUUUUUUGCUUCACUGCUAGCUCACUUAUCACUGUGUGCCGGAUAGAACUACACAAACAUGAUGACACAUUGAAAAAGUCAUAUUUUCCGCAGUUUUUCUACUUGACCACUGCAGGACUAAGCACUCCAGACAGUAAGCUUUCGAUUGCACGAAAAAGUAGGUACUGUGAAAAUCAUUUGUCAGCCCCAUUAGUUUCUCGGCAUGUACACCAUUGCAACUGUAGCUGUAGAAUUCAAUAAGGGUGGUCUGAUAUUCGUCUGGAAACUUAAUAGUACAGGCUGCGAGAUGAAUUGGAUGGUGCAGAAGUACUUUGCCACGCGCUUACCGUGUAAGGAGUAAGGAGUGACAGUCACAUCUUGGAUGGCUCCAAAGAUUGAGUACCAAAUUGCAGUUGUGGUUCCUAAUUUGUACCUACCAUGGUAGCUCAGUGGCUGCAGCAUUGUGCUGCUGAGCUGAAGGCCACAGGUUUGACUCCUGGCCACUGUGUCCACAUAAUGAUGCGAAUGGAAUGCAAAAGCAUUUACCAUGGUUUAAUGAAUAGAACACAUAAUUUUUGUAAAAUAUUCACUGGAAUUUCAUCAUCGUUUAUUAAUUGGCUGCAGCUUGAGCAAAAGCACCACUCUUAUCCUGAAAAGUAAUGUUGCCAGCAAAAAUUCGAGGAAGUAAAAUUUUUAACCUUACUAUAUUUAGGCACUGUAACAUUUUACGUUCAACUUGAAAAAAAUACUUGAAAAGGUUGUGCUAGAGCUCUGGAAAUGGCCAGUGACAAGACUACUGAUGUGUUGUGAUGAUGAGGCUGCAAUUAUUAACUGGUGCGAAUGUAACAUAUUUUUAAUUUAUUCUGUUUUUAUCUUACUUGCUGUGAUGACUGGCAUAUCAUGGCAGCAGCUCAAUUGCACAUGUGGCCAGGACAAAGGGCAAAUAUACUGGCCAGUGUGCCACGUCAGAAGUAACGGCCAGUAGCAAAGAUCUUAUUUUUGCAUUUGUUUUACGGUGAUGGUUGUUAUUCAGUCAAUGGUAGGAAUUGAUGUUGCCUGGACAGCAUAGGUAGCGUGCUCAUUUUGUAUUCUUUAGGUUACUUGCAUGGAAGCACACUUGUAAAAGCACAUUUCUGUUAAAUAUGCCCUGCCAAUGCAAUGCAACACUGUAGUUCCAAAUGUGCCAAGUGCAUGCUAUUUUCAUUUGAAAUACUGUGCAUUGGAUUAAUCAUUGAGUCUGUGAAACUGAAUCAUAUCUUUGCAGACACGUGUUGUUCGUGUUGUUACAUUAUUGCAACAUAAAUAUUUUUGCAGGAGAAAAUGUUGCAGCCUAUAUUGGUGAGGCCCAUCAACAAGAGAACAAUUUGAAUGAACGUUUUCUAUGGACAUUUUUCAAAUAGGAUGGUCAUUUCUAUUAUUUAAUUGUGCAAUUUGUGAAUUACUGCAAUUACUAUGGCACCAAGGCUAGUUUAUUUCCACAUAGGUUGCAUUCACUAAGGUUACCCACCGCAGUAGCUUAGUGGCUGUGGUGUUGUGCUGCUGAGCUAGAGAUCGUAGGUUCGAUCGUGAUGGCUGCAUUUCAGUGGAGGCAAAAUGCAAAAAUGCUUGUGGUACUUGGAUUUCGGUGCAUGUGAAACAACCUCAGGUGGUCAAAAUGAAUCCGUAGUCCCACUCACAAUCAGAUUGUUAUCCUGGUACGUAAAACCUCAGAAUUUAAUUUUAGUUCACUAAGGAAGUAAGUAACCUUUUCUUCCAUAUCUCUGGCGCUACUCUGGGUAUUUGAUGGAAACUUCAGUAGUUGCAUACAAGCGGCAUUUAUUGGCACCUAAAUUCAAGGCGGAGAUGUCCUAAGCCUACACUAUCAUUUUGAAUCCAUAAAUCUGGUGACUCAAGAAAUUGCAGGUGACAUUGAUUUGUUUCAGAUGAUAUCACAUAAAAUAUGUUUAAAAUAGCAAGAAACAGUAAAUUGAAAUUGCACCAUGUGUAACUGUCCAACAGCCAUUCCUCAAGUGGUAUGGCCACAGGUAGCCUGUUGUCUUUUCAUCCACUUUCAGUUCCAUUAAUUAUCAUUUCAUUAAUUCACUUCAAAAUUUUUCUUAUGCUGUCUGUCCUCGGUGUCUUUGUUUGUUGGCUGCUUAUGAUAUGUUCUAUAAAACAUGGCACAAAGCAGCUGAAAUUGUGCUUCAGUGCCAUCUUACAUAAUUCACCUUCUGGACUCAAAUAGGUUUUUCUUUAGUUCUUAUUUUUGCAUAUCAUAUUCACUGCUUUUCUACCAAGCAUUCUUGUUCCUCUCCAAUUGUGCCAUGUCUUGUGAUGGCACAGCAUUGCAUUUCUUAAAUGCAUGGUGAAGCUACUGCUAGGUUAGUAAAAUUAUUUCUUUACUAAAUAUUACCAUCAUUGAUAGAUAAUGUUAAUAUGUAUUUCGUGCUUCUUAUUUCAGUGAUAAACUUUCAGUUUCAAGUAAGACAUGAGGAACUGUGUGUAAAAAACUUCAUGCUAAUAAAUGUUUUUUAUACAGGCUUCAUAGAAGGCAGUGUAUUUUAAGAUUAAAAUGGUAGGGAAUUCUCAAGUGUCUGGCCCUAGAAUUCAUAAAAUUCCUGGCUCUGGCAUAAAAAAUUAUAACUUUCAUUCAUCACUUAGAGGAGCCCUGAAACACCUUACAAAAGGUGUGGAAUGUGUGAUCUCAUGAAUUUUUUCUAGCAAGAAUGCUUUAAGUACACCUAGAUUGAACAGAGUUAUUGGCAAUCAAAUGCCAUACCCUCAAAGCAUUUCCCUUCUUUUUUUUGUACGAACUGCAUUCAAAGCUGUGCUGCCGUGCUCAGCCCAUCGUCACAAUGCAUCGUCUAUUGCAUCACCUCAAUUUGAGGCCAGUCACUGCAACAGAUGAUUGUGCCACACAACCUCAAGUUCAAUAAAUGCGAAAGCUCAGAUAGGCCACGGUUUUAGCAGUGUUAUCAUUCACAGCCACCAUAUGGCAUCACCAUCCCCUUAGUGAUGAGAUUUAUUUGUGAUUGCUUCUGCCAGAGGUACUGUUUAGUCAUGAUGUCUCAAGAAAUCUUUUACAGUUUUGCCUCAUUCUUAUGAACCUCGUUAAUGUGGAUUACUCGAAAUAUGGAAAUUUUUGUGAGCAUGAAACUUUUCCAAUGCGUAUGUGCCCCAUUAACACAGAAACUCUCUGCCCAGACAAUAGACAUGGCACAGAAGCAAGCACAAAGCCCAGAGUGUAUUUUGUGUUAAUAUAAAAAGUGUCAGUAUAGACAGGACCACCUCUAAAUGAAAGAAGCCAGAAGCCCUUUGCACACUGGCAGUGAAAUGCAUGCAGCGUGCCACAGCCAGCACUGCUCAUUGCUGUCAGCACGACUGCACUGGCCAGCAUCUUUCCCUAUGGUAGCUUUGGUACUAAUAUUUUCUGUCAAGAGUACAGGCUUCUUGAAAUGAGAGACUGAGCCUUUUGUCUUUCCGCUGUUCUACAGUCAUCUUGUGUGCAGAAGUCAGUGGAGACAGAUCGAGCCUUUCCUUUUAUGUGCUAGUUUUGUCAACAAGCUGUAGCUCUCCCUAAUGCACUCUUCUGCUGGGUUCAAUUCUUUUGAUGUUUCUGUUGGAUUCAAUUCUUUGGACAUUUCUCUUGGAUGCACUUUCUUUGAGUGAAAGCACCGUUGUUGGGAAUUCCAUCAUUGCAAAGCCUGCCAUCACAGUCCUCGUGGCCAGUAAGGCAUUUCAAAGUGCACUGCAAUUCUUUUAAAAUAGUGGUGAUUAGAAUGCACUCCAACUUGUGAAAGUUCAAUUCUAGUGCGCAGCACAGUGUGAAAAACAAACUUCAUUUAAAGCAUAUUCUUCUUUCCCUCCAUAUAUACUUUGUUUUCCAUAAGUAUUUGUUGUUAACUAGGCAUAACUGUAUAGUGUUUGCUCCAAUUUAAGGGUGACGAAUAAAUGUUGCAGUGGUUCUGAAAAGUUGAAGGAAUGGACUAACAGGCUUUCGGGCAUAAUUAUGGGCUCCCACCUUCAUAUUCAGGAAUAAUAUUUGGCUCAGAUGUUCACGACAGCAUUGUCUCUUGACUGUGCAAGUUUAUUUACCAUGGUUAAAAAAGUGUUGCAAGGCCAGCCCCCUUUAGAAUUUCACCUUGUAAUUCUGAGAACCAGUGUGAAAAGUGCACUUUAGUAUUGGUGGUGAGUAAAUGAAAUCACUCUUCAAGCUAGAAAUGGCUGUUGUACCAAUGGAAAGUAAGCCAGUGUCACACAGUGGGGCUCUGCCCGAUUUUGCCUGAGAGCAUCGGAAGAUUCCUCAUGUACAUACUUUGUCAAAAGUGUACAGGCCACACUGCGUGACCAUUGUUAGCACAGGGACCAUGUGGUGUUGUUUUUAUUGCUUCUCCAACAGUCCAGCAAUAUGGCUAGAACUUCUGUCAUUGCUCCAUUUAGAGCGUUGUAACCCCAGGAGCUCCAUCACAAGCCUCACUGGCAGCUAUAAUCAUGCCUGUAUAAUUUUGACAAAUGCUGUACAUUCCCAUGUUGUUCCUUGUUAGUGUGUGAUAGCAUUGAUCGUGCCUCCUCUUCCCCAAACCUUGCCAUUUUGUUAUCUACCAAAAAUGUGUCACCACUACAUUCUAUGCCCCAUUAAUAUAGUUUGUGCAAAUCAGCCCUGAAAACCAAUGUAAAAAAAAGAUAUGUAUGCACACCAGCAGGAGUGACUUUGACUCCUAAGUCUGGGUCUAUGCUGUGCUUGUCUUUAGUUUGUGCCAGUAUCGCUGAAGAUGAGCCCAAUUUUCUUGGGCUGGAGUUCUUUUGUCUUGGCUUGUGAGGAGAAACCCAUGUUCAUCAUCUAGUUUCAAGCCAUGCAGUUGUUGUUCACAGCUCAUGUAUGUUAUUUGGCUAUCUACAUUCCUUUCAUUAUCAUGAGUUCAAACAAGCAAACUUAGCAGGAAUUCAGGGAAACCCUUUUUCUAGAACAAGUCUUCUUACUUUUGGUGUGUAGGAACUCGCCCAGAAGUGUCAUAUAUUUUUGAAAUAUGGGUCUCAUGGUGCAAAAAUUUGGUGCAACAAGUAGGGAAUUUGUCCACAUUUUCCAAAAUCAACUUGGGAGUUAAAGGUUUAGUGGCCAAAGUCCACUCGUUUCUUAGAGCAGUGUUUCUUAAAUGAAGGCUGAGCUCAAGCUCUAUAACUCCUAUUUCUGAGUCAAUGUUGAGCUUCAACUUGUAUUUUGCUUUCAUUGACAAUCGUUUUCUCAAGCUUUACUACUGUUCAUAGUGUACUAGUGUACUUAACCCUCAGCUUCAGAACCCCCCCCCCCCUAUAGCUCAGGGAACACUGGCCUACACACUUGCACAUGAGAACAUCAUUCCACUUUGAUUGGAUGGUGCAGUUGCAGCUGGAACAGUGGAAUCAUGUUUACUGUGAUCUUUUGAUGGGCUUAUAUAAGUACAACAGAACGUUGUUGGUUUGAUCUGGUCAUGUCCAACGUACAUUUUCUCAGAAUAGUGGCCACUCCUGAAAAAUUCGCUAUGUAAGGUAUAUAUAUUAUUUCAAUCAAUAGUUAUUUUCCUGCUCUAUUCAAUGGCUGAAUUAUACCAUAUUCUCAGUGUUCUAGGACUACUCUAACAAAACAUUUUGCAUGACGGCACAUAUUUUACCGGGACAUAACUUGUUAACUUGUUCGGAUUUUUAAGCAUGUAUGUGAACAAUCGGCCGAAUUAACCUAAUUUAAAAUCAUAAUUAAAUAACUUUAAAAGUUUGGAGGCUUUAACAUGCAUGACAUACUUUGUUGUGACUUUUUUUUUCUGCUGGCAUUAAUGCCCACUUUGAUUCUUUUUUUUUUUUAUAGAUGCAUCUGUACAAAGGCUGAUAUAUGAGCAUACUUUACUUUCCCAUCUCUACCACUUUAGAUAUCUUUUGGUCGUUAUGUUUGCACUGUAAUGGACAAAUGAAAUGCAAAUAGAAAAUUAUAAAGCAGAACACCGUGCAAGUAAUAACUCGAGAGUACUACUUCGCACUGCUGCACACCUGGUCAUGAAAGAUGGCGCAGGUCUCAAACUAAGUAUACAAGCUCAAAUAUGUCGACAUCACGCGAAGUGGAGAAAGUGGAGAUGAAAUAACACAUGCUAAUUAGUUGAAACUUUGUGUUUCGCUUGCCUGUGGUCACACAUGGUGAGCUGGCUGGGCAGCUACAGCAACAGGGUUCACAAGCCAGCUAUAUACCAGUACACAAUUUAAGAGGCCCUCAAACAACCUUUGCUUGUGCUGAUUCUUCCCUCUUCUGCUGCUUGAGUACAAGGUUGUAUGUUCGAUUCUGGCAGCAGCAGCACCCAUUACUACGAGUGCAGGACAUUGAUGUGCUUGUGUAUCAAAAUUUUGCUGUACAUAAAAAACAAAACAAAAUUAGUCCAACGCCCUCCACUAUAGCAUCUCUUGCAGCUCCGGUAUAGCUUUGUGACAUAUCACAAUGGUUGCCGUUAGAUUGUGCAGGGCUAGUGUAGCAAGCAAUAUGCCCACACUCCUGUGCAACAUGUUUUUUGCAUGGCUGUGUACAUGCUAUUCUCUCCCAUCCAAAAAAGCAUGCCAGUGGUAGCUAUACCGUUCAUUUUCUCACUUGUGUGCACAGCAAGUCAUGAAUAUGAAUAUUACCAAAAACAACUAUACAAAAAAGGGUGAACAGGAACAUUACACAGAUUCUUUAGACAUUCAAAGUUCUGGCUGUCAAGACUUGGCAGCUGGCGCAGGUACAUGUUUGGGAACUUUGCAUGGGUGAAAGCUUAAAGCUUUGUAAUUAUAAUUUAUUCAGCUGCAUACAGUUUCUGCAUACUGCAUUUCCUUGUUUCUGCCUGCCUCUAUGUUAUGAAAAUUCUGGAUGAUUGUAUCACAGCACUGUUCUCAACUGUCUGGAUUUACAGUUGUUUUAAGGAUAAGGUGCAUGCAGAAGCAGCAGAACGAGCAUUUUGCCUUUACAUUAACUUUUCCCUCUUAUUCUCGAUGUAUGAACUUCGCUCCAUCAAGGAUUAUCAGUCCAGCUUUCCUGAAAUUUCUCAGUGCAAGUUUUCAUCAUGGUUAGCAUCCAUAUUCUAAAAUUGCACCUUGUGAAUCAUGGUAUUUUAAACUGCACUUAAAACUGCAAAAUCAAUUUGUCAUCACUGCCUCCUCCUCAUGUUUCUUUUUUCUGCUGUGGUUUGCAUAGUCUCUUUAUGCAGCAGCUAAUUUAUAAACUAAGUUGCAAAGCUUAGUUUAUAUAUAAAAGCUUGGUGUAUCAUGUUUGCCAUAUCAUUCCGCAUAGCGUAGCUAGUGUAUCUAAAGGAUUUUUUUGUAGAAGCUGAUGUAGCUGUGCCUUUAGUUGUGCUAAUGGAAUUAAAUGUAAACGGUCAUCAUACCUGUGUCCUACAUAACCAACACACAAUACUAUAAUCAAAGUAGGGAAGCACAGCUCUUGCUUUUUAGUAAGGUGGCACAUCAGUUCAUUUUAAUUGUAGAAUUACAUAUACAGUAUAAAAACAGUCUGUAUGCCAUUUGCUUGUUUGUUCUUAAGAUAAUAUUCCAGAAGGCACCAAUUGAUUCAAGGAUGUUCCACAUCUGCCACUAUGGUUGUCAGCAGCACUGGCUUACUCUCAAGUCUAUGUUCCAUGAGCAUGCAUGCAUGUUGUCUUCCACUGUUAGGGAAACGCUUCGUUAGUAUUCAGUCCUAUCUGAGUUUGUUUCUUCUGCCUUAUUUGAAGAAAAAAAAAAACAGCGAUUGUGAUGCUAUUAAUGGAGGACUAAUCUGUGGCUCUUCAUUUCAAGUUUAAACUGCUAUUGGUACUUGGAACACUAAUGAGGUGUUUUCUCACAAGAGUGGACAACUGUGCAUAAAUAACGAAGAAAGUGAAGGAGAUGACCACCACUGUAGCUCAAUUAAUAGAGCACCACACGCAUCUCGCUACUGACAUCUUGCCAUACUUUCAUUUUUAUCACAUAUAUGAACAAAGGCAUAAAAUGAAAAUAUUUCAAUGUCCCUAAGCUUUCCUUAGCUUCAGUGACAUCUUACUUCUGUAGUAGCCACAAUUAAGCUCCUAGUUUCCCUUGAUUCUCUUGCAAACUGUUCCAUUUACUUUAACUGUAUGUUGGGCAGCUUGUGUUGAUUUAUUACUUCUGCAGGCUGUUUAGCACCCAGAGCAAAUCUUGUUUAUUCUUUUACACUUUUCAUUCUUGCAUUGUGGUAUUUCAGCACUGUAAGAGCAUUUGUUUUCAAGAUAUAAACAAACGAUACGUGAAAGCAUCAAUUUACAAACCGCCAACUUUGCUGCAUAUCCAGAUUAAUGUGUGUGAAGCCCCAUCAUCAGACAGCUGUGCAAUACUAAGCGAUCCAUGAUUUAAGUUAGAUGAAAGUUAGAUAAUUUAAGGUGCAGCAAUUCAUAGCAGAUGUUUGCUUUAGAAAUAAAUGUUAUGGGGCACUUGUUGUGUGCAUAGUGAAAUCAUUGGCCUCUUGUGCACAAAGGCAGCUUUGCUUUCAUUGCUUUGGUUUCAUGUAUACCUUGCAAUUUUCAUCAGCCAGUGAGUAAAUGUGUUGUUUGUAUUUUUCAUUUAUACUAUUUGCACUAUUGCCACCAGUAUUUUAUAAACUAGUCGUUCUUAGUGGUAUAUUAGUGUAUGUUGUUCUAUGAAGUGUUUUCCCAUCCAUCAUAUAUGGGUGCUAUGCAGCGGUGGGUUUAUAGCGGUGUUGACUGAUGUGAUGAAUUGUAGUUACUAAUUCACCUGGUGCAUUGUUGUAUAAUAAAUAUGUUUCUAGACCCUUA